AUGGAGAAGAACAUCGACGAUUUCUCACCGGAAAAACUUUCAGCAUUACCAUCACCACCACCACCACCUCCGGUUAAAGCAAAACCAACGGAUAUGUUUUCGCAACGAAGAAGCCAAAGCUUAGUUUCUACGUCAACAAGAGAUUCAUGGGAUCGUAUGUUCGACGAAGCUCUUGGAGCUGAUGUUUUGAUUCACACAGAUGAUAAUGGUUUGAUCUAUGCACAUUCUAACGUCAUCGGAAUGGCUUCAGACGUAAUCAAAGGACUAAUGAAGCAAGAUAAGAGAAAAUCUCACCGCAAAUCAAUCUCAAUCCUCGGUGUUCCUCACGACGCUGUUCGUGUCUUCAUUCGAUUCUUAUACUCUUCUUGCUACGAGAAACAAGACAUGGAAGAUUUCGCAUUUCAUCUUCUCGUGCUCUCACACGUCUACGUUGUCCCACAUUUAAAACGCUUAUGCGAGUCGCAAUUCGAAAACGUUCUGCUCAACGAAGAAAACGUGAUCGAUGUGUUUCAGCUUUCUCUUCUAUGCGACGCUCCACGUCUCGGUCUCAUCUGUCACAGAAUGAUUCUAAAGAGCUUCGAAGAAGUCUCAACCUCUGAAGGAUGGCAAGCAAUGAAACAAAGCCAUCCAAGUCUCCACAAAGAGCUUUUACGCUCCGUCGCUUACGAACUCAAUAGCUUGAAGGAGAGAAGUAGGAAACAGAAGGAGAUACAGACGUACACGCAGCUAUAUGAAGCAAUGGAAGCUUUUGUGCACAUAUGUAGAGACGGAUGCAGAGAGAUUGGUCCGACAAAGAUCGAGAACAAACCUCGCGUGUCGUCGUGCGGGUUUCAAGCGUGCAACGGUCUAGAGAAGCUGUUGAAACAUUUGGCGGUGUGUAAGCUGAGGUCGAUCCCUGGCGGUUGCACUCACUGCAAGAGAAUGUGGCAGCUUCUCGAGCUUCACUCGCGCAUCUGCGUGGACUCGGAGCAGUGCAAAGUCCCUCUCUGCGGUGACUUCAAGGAGAGGAUGAAGAAACAGAGCAGGAAAGAUGAGAAAAGGUGGAAACUUUUGGUGAAGAAUGUUUUGAGCACCAAGAGAAUCGGAGGGUCUCCGUUCUUUUUGCAGGCGAUUGAUGUUUCUUUGUGA